AUGAGUUCCUCGAGCCUAGGCCAACGCCGAUCGUUUGAUGGUCAUUUGUGCACCGUCCGGUAUGUUGGCACUGUGCAAGGAACCACCGGCGACUGGUUAGGUGUUGAAUGGGACGACGCAACUCGUGGCAAGCACUCAGGAGAGCAUAAGGGAAUACGUUAUUUCUCGUGCAAGAGCAACCAACUCACCGCGGGGUCUUUUGUCCGUCCCUCCAGACCAUCAGACAAGCCCCGGAGCUUUCUGGAAGCUCUUCGGGAGAAGUAUGCUUCUGAGCCGGUACAGAAUGCUUCCUCAAAUGACUUGACUGGAUCAACAACCCAGAAAAAUGCAAUUGAAAUCAGCGGGAAGGUCGUUGAGGAAGUUGGCUUCGACAAGAUUCGGAGACAACUCGCAGAGCUCCAAGAAUUGCGCAUUGUUCUACUUGACGGCCUAAGGAUUGUGGGAGUCUUGCCAUCGUAUGAGCAGGACCAUGAUCCAGACAGCAAUGCAGCUCAACAGAUUGGCCUGACUUGUCCCAAGAUCAUAGAACUUGAUCUAGGUCGAAGUCUACUGACUCACUGGCGUGACGUCUGGCAAAUAUGCAACCAGCUCAAGCACCUGAAGCGGUUGAGGUUGAAUGGCAAUCGUUUGCAACCUUUGGAGGACAACUUGGUCUUCGAGGGAAUCACCGAGUUGCAUUUAGAGGAAACCCUACUCAGCUGGAAUGAAAUUGCUGCAGUUGCAUCACGGUUCCCGGGCUUGACAUCUCUAACUGCAUCCGCAAAUCAGCUCACUGAGACAUCGUGUGAACUCCCAAGCACAAUAACGACACUGACUCUUGAGCACAACGAGAUCACCUCAAUAUCAGCCUUGCGCCACCUAUCUGCACUCCCAAACCUAGAGCAUCUCUCUGUCCGUGGGAACUCCAUCAGCACCGUAAUCCAGGACACAACCUCAAAAUUUCAGUUCCCCCCAACCCUACGCUCUCUCGAUCUCUCCCGCAACAACAUCGGCUCCUGGUCGAUUCUCAACGAACUACCUACCGUCUUCCCAGGCCUGACCACCCUCCGUAUCUCCGGAAAUCCCCUCUUUGACCAAUCGCCCCUUCCACCAUCCAUCACAGCCGCAGCAUCGGACUCCAAACCAAUGACCAUCGACGAAGCAUUCAUGUUAACCCUCUCACGCUUCCCAUCAACCCUUACAACCCUAAACUACAGCACCAUCUCACCACAAGACCGAUUAAAUGCAGAAAUGUACUACCUCUCCCUCAUCGGCAAGGAACUCUCCGCAACAACGGAAGCAGAAGAACCCGCCAUCCUAGCCACGCAUCCACGCUACAGCGAGCUGUGCAAUCUAUACGUCGAACCAACCAUCACCAGGACGGCCGUGUCAGAUGCCUCCGGUACGCGGGUGAUUCAUCCGCGAUCCGUAGCGGCGCGAUUAGUCAAGAUGGCGUUCCGUUUAGUCCAGGAUAGUGGCAAUGGUGAGUCAUGUCAUGAUCGAGUUCAGAUAAAGGAGAUCCCUGGCUCGUUCGACACAUACCAGGUUAAAGCGCUGGUGUCUCGGCUCUUUGGACUUCCAGCGUUUGGGUUCAGAUUGAUCUGGGAGACAGACGAGUGGGACCCUAUAGAGAAGGAAGCUGCUGAUGAAGCUGCUGACUGGGAUGAGAGCGAUGAUGAGGUUCAGCCUGAUUCGACUCCAGCUGGUCCAGAUGGUGACAGUCCUGACGAGCGCAGAUUUGUGCGACGGGAGGUCAAUUUAGUGGAAUCGACCAGGGAUAUUGGAUUCCUAUUCCAGGAUCAAGUGGGAGAUAUCAGAGUCCGUGUUGAAUGCGACCAUUCCGCGGCAAAGGUCGGGCUUUCAUAG